GUCGUUUUUCAGCUUUUUACAAAUAAAUAAUAAUCUGUUCUUAGCAAUCACUACAGGUUUUUUGGACGCUCUCCAGCUUCUAGACCAGAAAAUUUAGCCUAUCAAGGUGUGAUCUUUCUUUAUAUUUACUGAGAAGAUUUAAAAUUUCUGUGACCCAUGAAGGAGAAUAAAGUAAGUCAAUGAGAAAUUAAGCGAAAUCAAAACAAUGGUUAGAGAUUGUCCAGCUUGGGUGGUUCAGCCUAAGUGCCUCCUUCUCUUCGUUGUCCUGCUUAUUUUUCUCAUCUUUGCCUUUACCAGUCCUAAACAGGAUGAGGUGAAGGAAGAAGAACAGGAGUAUGAGAUAACUCAUAGAGUAUACUUGGAUGUUGAUAUUGACGAGCAACGUCAGGGUAGAAUUGUUAUUGGAUUAUAUGGAAAGGUUGUAUCAAAAACUGCAGAAAAUUUCAGGGCUUUGUGCACAGGGGAAAAAGGUAAGGGUGCGAGUGGGAAGCCCCUCCAUUAUAAGGGAACACCUUUUCAUCGGAUAAUAUCUGGUUUCAUGAUUCAAGGCGGUGACAUAGUUUACGGUGAUGGGAGGGGAAGCGAUUCUAUAUAUGGAAGCAUCUUUCCCGAUGAGAAUUUUAAGAUAAAACAUUCACAUGCAGGAGUUGUUUCCAUGGUGAAUUCAGGACCAAAUUCCAAUGGCUCUCAGUUUUUCAUCACCACCAUUAAGACUAGCUGGCUGGAUGGAGAGCAUGUUGUUUUUGGAAAGGUUAUCCAAGGAAUGGAUACGGUUUAUGCAAUUGAAGGGGGAGCAGGAACUUACAGUGGAAAACCCAGAAAGAAAGUAAUUAUUGCUGACUCAGGAGAGAUACCUAAGGACAAGUGGGAUGAGGAAACUUGAAGCUCCUUUAACACCAGCUAAUUUGUGUACUCUGAGUUUGUUAAUUUGUGAUUAGAUAAUCAAUUAGUAUGCUUUUCCUAUUCGAUAACUGUUGUUAAUAGAAACAUGCCAGUGGUUUAGCAACCAUAUAAAUCGUUCUCAUCUCAUAUUUUACUUACAAGCUUGUUAACUCCACCUCAAUUUUUAAUCUUAGAUACCGUAUUAUAUUUA